AUGAUACUUCGAACGACAAAGUCCAGUUUGUAUCAAUUCAUUAAUCGCAGUAACUCGUCCAAACCACCUUACAUACCACCUAAAUCAGGUAAUCCUAAUCACCAAAACACCGCAAUGCCUGGUCUCAACGUUCCACCCAACCAUACUCAUAACGAUAUGAGGAGCAUUGAUGCUAUCCGUCAAGCGAAGAGUACCAAAGCUGCCAGAUCGAGCAAUCUUAGUAAAGAAAACAAAAGAAGGAUAGAAGAGUCAGCUAGGACAGACCAGCUGCAGGAACAACAGCAACAAUAUCACAACGUACAAGAGCGACGAUACGAAUUACAGCAUAACACAUGUAACGUUAUUAAGCUGCUGGCGAUGGUUUGA